GGGCCAUUCCGAGCAGUCUGUCUCGGAGAGUUGACAGAGGGGCCUCAGAGGGGUGAGUUGUGGGUGCCGUGGGUUCCGCCUGCCGCCCACCCCCGGGCCAGCCCCGGUGCUCUCGCAGGGCCGCCCGCCUCCGCAGCCUCGUUGCCACCGGAGCCAGCUCUUCAGGCGUGGACGCCGGGGCCGAGGCGGUGCGGCCAUGGACUUCUCCAAGUUCCUGGCGGAAGACUUCGACGUGAAGGAGUGGAUCAACGCGGCCUUCAGGACGGGCCCCAAGGAGGCGACGGCCGGGACGGCGGACAGCCACGCGGCCACCCUGGUGAUGAAGCUGCAGCUCUUCAUCCAGGAGGUGAACCACGCCGUGGAGGAAACAAGUCACCAGGCUCUUCAGAACAUGCCCAAAGUGCUCCGCGAUGUGGAAGCCCUUAAACAGGAGGCGUCUUUCCUGAAAGAGCAGAUGAUUCUUGUCAAGGAGGACAUUAAAAAAUUCGAACAGGAUACAUCCCAAUCGAUGCAGGUGUUGGUAGAAAUCGACCAGGUGAAGUCUAGAAUGCAGCUUGCCGCAGAAUCUCUUCAAGAAGCAGACAAGUGGAGCACAUUGAGUGCUGAUAUUGAGGAGACGUUUAAAACUCAAGACAUAGCUGUGAUUUCUGCCAAGCUGACAGGUCUGCAGAACAGUUUAAUGAUGCUUGUGGAUACUCCAGACUACUCAGAAAAGUGUGUGCACUUGGAGGCCCUGAAGAACAGGCUGGAGGCCCUGGCCUCCCCGCAGAUUGUAGCGGUAUUCACCUCUCAGUCUAUAGAUCAGUCCAAAAUGUUUGUGAAGGUGUUUACUGAAAUUGACCGGAUGCCCCAACUGCUCGCCUACUACUACAAAUGUCACAAGGCGCAGCUUUUAGCAACCUGGCAGGAGCUGUGCCAGAGUGACCUCCCUCUGGACCGGCAGCUCACCAGAUUCUACGACGCCCUGCUCGGGGCCUGGCACACGCAGAUCCAGUGGUCUACGCAGGUCUUCAAGAACCCCCACGAGGUGGUGACCGUGCUGCUGAUUCAGACUCUGGGGGCCUUGCUGCCCACCCUGCCUGACUGCCUCAGCUCAGGCGUGGAGAGGGCAGGGCCUGAGCUGGGGCUCCUCAAGCUCCUGGAGUUCUACGAUGCCACCGCCCACUUUGCCCAGGGGCUGGAGAUGGCGCAGCUCUCCCGCCCACAUGAGUACAACCUGGUGAAAGUCACAGAGCUGGUGGAGGCUGUAUAUGGUCCAUACAAACCUUACCAACUGAAGUAUGGCGACAUGGAAGAGAAGAACGUCCUCAUCCAGAUCAGCGCUGUGCCCUUGGAGCACGGGGAGGUCAUUGACUGUGUGCAGGAGCUGAGCCACUCUGUGAACAAGCUCUUCGCUCUGGCUUCUGCGGCUGUUGACAGAUGCAUCAGAUUCACCAAUGGCCUCGGGACCUGUGGCUUGCUGACAGCACUGAAAUCCCUCUUUGCCAAGUACGUGUCCGAUUUCACCAGUACUCUCCAGUCGAUACGAAAGAAGUGCAAGCUGGAUGAUAUUCCUCCCAACUCGCUUUUUCAAGAAGAUUGGACAGCUUUUCAGAACUCCAUUAGGAUAAUAGCUACCUGUGGCGAGCUCCUGCGGCAAUGUGGGGACUUCGAGCAGCAGCUAGCAAACAGGAUCUUGUCCACAGCUGGCAGGUAUCUCUCGGACUCCUACAGCCCUCGGAACCUGGCCGGCUUUCAGGACAGCAUCUUGACAGACAGGAAGAGCUCUACCAGGAACCCAUGGCAAGAAUAUAAUUACCUCCAGAAAGAUAACCCUGCUGAAUAUGCCAGUUUAAUGGAAAUACUUUAUACCCUCAAGGAAAAAGGGUCAAGUAACCACAACCUACUGUCUGCAUCUCGCAUGGCCCUGACUCGACUUAACCAGCAGGCCCACCAGCUGGCUUUCGAUUCCGUUUUCCUGCGCAUCAAACAGCAGCUGCUUCUUGUUUCCAAGAUGGACAGCUGGAACACAGCAGGCAUUGGCGAGACCCUGACCGACGAUCUGCCCACCUUCAGCCUCACCCCUCUCGAGUACAUCAGCAAUAUUGGGCAGUAUAUCAUGUCCCUCCCCCUGAAUCUCGAGCCUUUUGUGACUCAGGAGGACUCUGCCUUGGAACUGGCGCUGCAUGCUGGGAAGCUGCCCUUUCCUCCUGAGCAAGGGGAUGAGCUUCCUGAGCUGGACAACAUAGCUGAUAACUGGCUGGGCUCCAUUGCCAGAGCCACCAUGCAGACCUACUGUGACGUGAUCCUGCAGAUCCCUGAGCUGACCCCGCACUCCACCAAGCAGCUGGUCACCGACAUCGAUUACCUGAUCAACGUGAUGGACGCCUUGGGCCUGCAGCCAUCUCGCCCCCUGCAGAACAUUGGGACACUCUUGAAGAGCAAACCCGAGGACUACAGGCAGGUCAGCAAAGGCCUGCCCCGUCGCCUUGCCGCCACGGUGGCUGCCAUGCGGGGUGUGGAGUACUGACUCCCACCCCCGGGGACCCCAUUAAGAAGAGGCACAGGUCUGGGGUCCUGGGGUCACAGAAACUCUGCAGAAUGGAGUUGCUCAAAAAAUCUGCCCAGCAUUGGACAGGGUUUGUCUUAAAAAGAUGCGGUUCAUUUGUAUAAUCAAAAAAAGGGGUUGUAAUUUGAGGUAUAUUAUUUAUUGGAGCAGGGUUUUCAGAUGAUUUUCUAAAAGAUCCGAUCUUGAAAAUGGAAUUGAUAAAUAUGGUGAAAAGAAAGCUGUUUUCUUUCCUCCAUGAAUAUUUGGGUGCCCCCCGUGUGCCGUGCUCCAAGCACCGUGACCCGGCCGGGAAGGAGGGGAAGAGGCACAGAGAAGGUGAUGUCAGACCGUGGCGCCAGGAAAACAGAGUGCAUCUGGGGGAGGGGCAGCCCCCACACCGGCAGGUCAGACAGGUGUAUGGCGGUGAGGGACCCGUGUGGGCCAGGCCCGGGGGCACGUCCAAGGUCAGUGGCAUGGAAGUAGGAAGUCAGGUCAGAGGGGCGGUGGGGGCCAGACCACAGACUGGCCUGUAGGCCGUGGUGAGGACUUGGGCUUUUGCUUUGUCUUGGUUUGAAACUCACGGAUCCUGUGGAUUCUGUCAGGGUUUUUGCCAGUAGCUUCUGUAUCUGUUAAGACUGUAAUUGGCCACAAGUAACAGAAUAGUGUAAUUUGAGUGACUUUAGCAAAUAGGUGUUGAUUUUUCUCAAUAACAAGAAGUCACACGGUGGUGGCUGUGGGCACUGACUCAGUGGCUGGAUGGAGUCAGGACCAGGACUAGCCUCCUGGUGAUCUUGACCUUUUCCUCGUGUGCCUCCUCCCGGUGGGCUGACUCCUGCAGCUGCAGGUAUCACAUCCGCAUUUUGGUGGGUGAUGAAGGCAGAGAGGGCUUGGUCCCUUCCACCGUGGAGGCAGAGGCCUCCCCGGUGGCCCCCGCAGCUUUCUCCUUGGCCUCACAGGCUGUUUCUUGGUCACCAGGCAUCCCCCCGGCUGCAAGGGAGGCUGGGAACGUGGGGUCAGGGCUGGCUCCAGCCAGGGUUUCUCAGCCUGGGCACUAUUGUCGUCUUGGGCUGUCCUGACUGCUGUGCACCAGAUGCUGGUGGCACUCCCCAGCUGUGACAGCCAGAAAGGUCUCCAGACGUUGCCUGAGGGAGGACAGACUCCCCUCCAGCAGGGAAAGCCUGGCUUAGACCAAGCAGGAUUUGUUGCCCUGAGGAAGCUGGGUUUCUGUGAGCAAGGGAGAAGGGGGGCAGUGUCUCUCGGCGUCCAUUAUUGAAAUCGACGUGAAGCGUGUUCCUGCUUCUGGACACGCGUUACUUCUCUCUCCCUUAUGCCCCUCCACAGCCUCCGAGGCAGCAUGUAUCAUCCCUGUCUUACACCCGAGGGAACCGAGGUGGGAGAGGUGUAAGGGGCUUGUCUGGAGUCCCUGGCACCGUGGCUCCCACAGUCCUGACCACGGAGCCGGGAGGCAGGCAGCACCGCCUGGCCCCAGCUGGGUCCGCCGGCUCGUGCUGGCUCUCGGGAGCGGCACCGCCGCGCCCGCGGCCCCUCGUGAACCAGCCCCUCCAGGCUGCCGGGGCAGGUGUCGCGCUGGCUCUGUCAUCCAGGGGUUCCCAUGCGCUCUGUCCUCACGUCCUCAGAACCAGUUUUGCUGGCCCUGAAAGAACUGUGAGUCUGCACCAAGAAAAAUAUUUUGGUUUCUCAUGUGGUGGAUCACAGACUGUCCCUGGCAGGGAUCGAGCCUGGCUCCUGCCUCGAAGAAGCGAGAGCCGGAAGCCUGGAAGGUGAAAUGUGCUGUGGAAAGUGGAAAUCUCUUUGGGGUGACCUCUGUGCCAGUGUCUGUAAGAGCUGCUUGAUUCCUGGCUUUGCCACCUCCCAGCCAUGUGACCUUGGGGAAGUCACGUCAAGUCUCUGAGCCUCCUUUCCUAAUGUGAAAAACGGGAGCCAUGGUGGUCCCUAACUCAGGGUUAUUUGAAGAGCCACCGAGAUACAGCAGCGGGUGAAGCACGUAGCAAGUGCACAGUGAAUGUUAAUUUCAUAGUCUCCGUUGUCUGUAACCUACCAUCCCUUUUGGGGUAAAGAUGGGAAUUACAGAAUGCUAUUUUCUGGGCA